CUACUAUAUAACAAAUAAUUUGAGCUAACUAACGACAUGACCGCGGAAACGCAGGUCUUUCAGCAAUAUUCACUACCCACGGACAUGAAAUGUUUCCGACAACAGGAUCAGUAUCAGGGUCACACUGGAGUUCGACCUUCAACACUGUUAAAACUGAGCGAACAUAUCCGGAGCAAGCGAUACUCUCUCAAUCUCCUACGGGAAACCACAAAAGAUAACAGAACGAAGCGGAAGAUAAUGCCUUACACCUCCGCUUUCCGGCCGUCAGUCCCCGCCACCACAGUUCCGUUAAAACCGGAACCAAAGUCCGGACUCUACAACCCUCUCCCCAUCAAACCAGUACCGGAGCAGAAAGUUUAUUAUGUAUCCGGAUUAGAACUUUUAUCUUGGGUCAGUAGUAAAGUAGACCGGUUAGAAGUCCCAGCUAACGGUAUAAAACAGGAACCCCGGAUUAAGCAGGAGACACGGUAAAAGUGCGUGAGAUGUAGCGCGCCGGGUUGUCCUGUGUCACGUGAUGUCAUGGAAUCUUGAUGAUGACGUCAUCAGGCUUUUUUGUGACGUCACGUGAGGGCUUCCUGGUUGUGCUAUGUACCUGCGAGAUAACUUUAUUGUUAGGAUUGAUGAGCAGCAGCAGGCGAGCGAAGUUGUAACUCGUAUAAUAAUGUAUGGUGAUCAAACAAAGGUUUAUUUAUUUUGUAGCGGGUAUUGUUGCACCGAAUUUUCUAUACCAAACAACUUAUUGAUCAUUUAACAUGUAUCAUGAAGCUCCUUGUAGCAGCGUAUUUGUGAAUCAGUGGAACUUCAGCUUCUUUUGUGGGGAAAUGGGUGGGAACUUAAGGAGACAGGUAUUUAAAGUUUAAACUGGGGCAUGGGAGGGUAUGUACAACUGUGUUGGGGGACUUAGUGACGGAUAUGAGAAGUUCCACUUCAUUGAGAAUUGUCAAUGAUAUUAACAAGAUGUUUUACGAGCGUGAAGUUUCCCUAUUUUAAUGUACGAUGAAAAGAGCUCUGAUGUGGCGUUAUAAAUGUCUUGACGUCACCCCAAUAUUCAUGACGUCAUCCCACGUGACUUAUGACGUCAUCAGAGGGAACUAGAGGGUAGUUUCUAUUUUUUGCAGCUAGUUUCUGAGAAAGUGCUGAGCACGAAUAAUUUAAAUAUAGUUUUUAUAGCCAUAGUUUUGGAGAGGGUCCAACCUCUUCACGUUUGUGCGUUUGUGUGUGUUUUGCGUGUUUAAGUUAUGUUUUUUGUUAUUUAUUAAAAUUGUUAUGUAUGGGGGUUUUUGAUGGUACCUGGAUUUAAUGUGCAGUUAUUGUCACGAUGUGAACGAGAUUCUUCCCUUACUAAUUAAUUAAUUAAUUAUUAAUUAAUUACCUUACUAAUGGGAGAUAUCGCUCACUUUUCUAGGCCAUCCGAUUCAAUUGUGUUUUAGAUGUUUGCGUCGAAAUUACGAUAAAUUUUGUUUUGAUCACAUGACGAAAAAUAAUAUUGUUAACCAGAUUGUUUGCUCAGUCUUCUAUCAUGACAAUGCGGAACACGAUUAAGUUUAAGAUAAUUUAUUUUGAUUUUCGUGUGUAGGAAAAUUUAAAAAAACACAAUUGGUUAGGCCCAGUUUGAAGUUAACCAUUAGAUUUUGUACCAAAAAUAAUGGUUAUUUCACUUUUAAAUUAAGGCUUUAUAGAUUAUUCUAGGCUACCAUGAUGACAUGAUAAUGUCACAUUGCCUCUUCUUCCACAGAUCUUUACCCCACAUUUCCUCGAACUUUCCUGGAAUCUCAGUUUUAAGCGAUGGAGGCAAUGUUGUUGAUUUUACAAGAGUAGGUACUAGGUUACGUAGAAGGUAUUGGUUUCUACAUAGGUUAAUUUGGAAGAUUAGUUUUAAAGCGCAUAGUUUUAUGAUUUGAAGACGUGUGAAAGUUCAUGACCAUGAUACAUUUUAAAACUGUAAAAAAUGAUCGACUGGUUUUCGACCAUCCUUUUAAAUUCCUUUUAAAAUACGUAAGUUUUUGUUUAAAAUCCGUCCAAACUUAAGUUUGAGGCUUUACUUGACACGACCAGGUUUUACAAGAAUUUGUCACAUUUUAUUUUAGUUUAUCGUAGACGAUAACUUUCAUAGACAGAGCUGGUUUACCUUUUUUCGUUUAAUGAUAACGAUGUGUUCGUUCUAACAUUAUUCCUUAUAUACAACUUACAUAUCACACGGUAUUGUUUGUACGCUAGCUUAUAAUGAUUGUGUGUGUUUAAUUUGGUGACGAUUUGGCGAUAUUUUAGUUUUAGACCUGAACUUACUUAUACGGUAAGUAUUACUUACUUAUAUACUGUGAGUUUUACUUACUUAUGUAAUGUAGUGUGGGUUAUUGUAUCUGCCGAUGUGAGAUCUUGAUAAUUUGUCUGAACUGCAUUUUGGACCUUAGCUGUAACGGGUUUUACCGGAAUAAUGAAUAUAUGAACACUCGACACACAUGGCCACUUCGUUCUGUACGUGUGCUGGAUUUACCUAAUUUUGACUUACAAAAACGAUAGAUGAUACAAAUUUUGACCUUCAAAACGUCUUUGAAAACUGUAACUUGUUCCAAAUGAGCGAAUCACAGUUCUUUGAAAUAUUGCUCUUAAAAAAGUUUAAAGAAUGAAAUCUUGUUCAAACUCCUUACAAAAUUUUGAAAUAUACCAAAUCCAGUGCACCGCCACACUAUGACGUAACACUAUGACGUCAUCAAUACGACCGUCAAUUUUCUCGUGUACAAACCACAGUACGAUGUGUUGAAGUGUUGUGUGUCGAGGUGUAAAGUGCUAAGUGGAGAAGUAUCGACCACUGUGCUAGGGCUGUACUAAUGGUUCCUUAAUUUGGGGUGAUUUUAAGAAAUCAACCAAAAUGCUGUUAUAUAACGGUUUUAUUUUUGGAUGAUUUUUGAGAAGUCACCCCAAAAUACCACAAUAACGGUAUAUACGCCUCCUCUGAGACGUGUCCAUCAAAACGUGGCUCCUUGAACCACGGUACGGUCCUCAAUCUUGCAGGCCAAGUUAGUGACAACGCACGACUUUUUACUUAUUUUACUAAUUGUACUGAUCUGCCACCGAACGACACAUAUCUUUUUAACUAACUAAACU